AUGGUGGUAAUUAGAGGAGAGGUGGGUUUAGUGGAGGCAUGGAUGGUGGUUGUGGUUGGGGCCUCUGGCACUUCAUUUGUGGAGUGGUCUUGUAAUGUGUUGGAUUUGGUUCCAUCAUUGGCCCCAAAACCUUCAGCAUCAUCGGCAAACUCAAGCACCACGAAGCUAACCAAGAAGUUAUCCCUCUUCGCCUUUUUCUCUCU